GACGACAAAAUUGCUGUGGUCUGCCCAUCCAGCUCAGUACUUGACCUACAGGAGAAUUGGACGGAGCUGAUCGGGGAAAUCUCCUCGGAUGUCACCAUGGCGGCCAGGCAUCGCGGCGUCCCCGGCUCUUUGAAGCUCAGCAGUUAGCGACUGUGUUCAUGGCUAUUCUCCUUCUAUGCUGGCAUGUCGCGCAGGGAUCCAGCUCGCUAUGACGACAUCCUCGAUGGAGGGCUGCCCGUCAUUUUCAGCUACGCAAUUGACGACAAGAUGGAUGCGACCUACACCGGAGCACUCUAAUAUCACCAAUGCCGGGACUCCGUCGCAUUCUAUACCUGAGAUACUGACUGCGGGCGAGCUCGAGCUCACGUUCGCCGUCGAGAAGGAGACGAAUGGAAAAUCCGUGCGAUCUCGAAUUCAUCCUGUACAUCCUGGCAUCUACGGACAGCGUGGGCGCGAAGUACAGCUCUAUGUCCUUGCUGCUCGCCGCGCCUACAUUGAGCUCUGCGGUGAAAGUCUAGAUGCGUCGGAGGCGUCGUUGGGUGCGAUUGUUGGGAGCGUCGUGGGCGGAGUGGCGUUCGUCAUGGUUGUGGCUUUUACUGUUUUUUUUUCCGUUUUAACACAAAAGAGGUCCGGCACGUUUCUUCCAACCAACAGGUCCUAUUGGCAAUUGGAGAAACGAAACUGAAGCUGUGCCCUCCGUCAAAGAUGGUCUUCGCUCCACAACUUUCGGGCUACGAACAAAAGGCGUACGGCACAGCCAUAUCACCUCAUUUCUAGCCGGAC